AAAGAUGAGAUCGAUAAACUUGAUGACAAAUAUCUCAUUAAAGAUAAACAAACAUUAUACAGCUUAUAUGAACAAAGAAUAAAUGAUCUACAGAAUCCAGUCCCAAAAAGACUAGCCUCUGAAAAUGAUCAACCAAUUACAGAAUACCCCAACAAAAAUACAGAUAAUGCAACUCUGAUAAGAAAUAAUAGAGGAACAGCUGUAGUGCAAAUUAACUUUAUCAUAAAUGAAUCCAAAAAAACACUAAAUGCAGAUGAUCUAAAAAAAUUUGGUCGAGUGCAAACCAAUGAAGUUUAUAGCAAAAUUCAAAAAGUACACAAUAGUGCCAAAGAUGGAAAACUUUAUUAG